AUGCAGACCAUCGUCGCGGAGAUGUGCUCCUUCAAUCCCGCCAAGGCCGCCGUGAUGCUCCAGCUCGCGCAGCCGGGGGUCGGCAGGGGCGUGCACGACCACAGCAGCUUCACCCUCCGGCCCGUGGAGCGGUCCCGGCGCUCCCUGUUCUACAUCUACGUCAUGACGUUCGGCACGCUCGCGGAGCGGCGCAGGGUCACGGACGCGACGCACCGUGCGCACAUGCGCGUCCGGAAGAAGCUUGGGCCUGGGCAAGGGGAAAGAGGAGGAGGAGGCUACGACGCGAACGACGUGGACCUGCAGCUCUGGGUCGCCGCGACGAUAUACUGGUCGCUGAUUGUCGGGUACGAGGAGGUCCUGGGCAAGCUGGACGACGAGACGGCCGAUCAGGCGUACAGGGAGUUCUCGGUCAUGGCGACGGGGCUGCGGGUGCCGCCGGACAAGUGGCCGCGGGACCGCGCCGCGUUUGCAGAGUACUGGGAGCGGGCGGUCGCGGGGCUCGAGGUCACGGACGAGGCGAGUAGCGUGUCGGUGGACCUGUUGUGGCCGUCGAGGAACCUGCCCUGGGCGUUGUGGCUCUUGACCAAGCUCACGGGUCCGGUGCACCGGUUUACCACGAUAGAGCUACUGCCCGAGAGGAUCAGGAACGACUUUGGAUAUCCGUCGACGGUGUACACGCGAUUCAUGUACUGGUGUAAGAGAGCUGUCGACCGUAUAGUGUAUCCCUGGCUGCCGCUGUCGUUCAGGCACUUCGUCAUGAAGUAUCAUAUGGCAGACUUUCGUCAACGGCUGGCCAAGGGCAUGAAGCUGUGAUGGGUGUGGAAACAUCGAAACGCAGUAUAAUUUUAUGGCAUUCUCUAACCGGACCUAGUUUUCGCUCCGGCUUGGUGAUUUCCGGUCUGCUUCUAGAUCCAGUUCGAGCUCGCGU